AGGACGGAUCGGAAAUCGGGAUCCGACAUUUUGUGAACUCUGAUAACUUUUUCGCGGCACAAAGGCAUUAAAAUCGAAAUAUUGGACGUUUUUAUUGGAUAACAUAAUAAUUUUAUGUUAUAUUGUUUGUGAUUAGAAUUUUCAAAAUAAACGAAUAAAAGAAGACAUUUCCCGCUAAACUGUUUCCAAUCGUCAUUUGUCAUUAUUUGCUUCUAACAUUUGCUGCAGCUUGUAACUGGAAAACAUUAACAAUUGUCUCUUGUCUUUAAACUAUUUUUGUGUGCACCUUUGCACAAGAUGCCGAAAAUAAAGAAAACAAAUGAUGAAAAUGCAAGUCCUAAAAUAAAAGGUUCGCCAAAAGUUCGGCGAACAAAGAAUCCAAAAAAACAGCCGUUCAAGUUUGAUAUUAAACAAAUAUUGAAAGAGAGACAAGCUGAUAAUGCAUUUUGGACGCAGAGCGCACAACUUGAUAAAGAAAUAAAAAUUGUUGACGAUUUGUUUCAAGAAGAAGUUACUAAAUCAGCGGCCUUAUUGGAAGAAACCCAGAACAAUAACAAAUUACCGGCUCGAGGAUUGGCUAUAUUUGAUCGUUCCAAGUUCAACCAUAUUAAUUUGAAUUAUGACCAGGUUGAAACACAUUCACAGAAGCUACUAGAAUUGUCAGUUGAACAAAAUGAACUAGAAGCGACCAUUCAGUAUAAUUAUUUACUAACAGCUAAUUGGUCACCUACCAUGGAAGAUUUUCAGAAUAUAUUCUUUAACUGGGGAGCAGAUUUACAAAGUCUUCUUUAUAAGCCAACGUCAAAAAGUCCAAUAAGUGAAUAUGAAAAAAUUGGACGCCAUAAUUUUGAACUGGUAAUGGACUUUAUGGCUAGAAGUAUAUUAAAUAAUAAUCACAAUCUUACCAACGAAGAGCUGAUAACUUUGGCAAAAUAUACUAUCAGUAUUUCAUCAGACUACUACUGUGGACAAAUGAUAAAUGUAAUUAAAAAAAUGUUUGGAGCUUGCAUCGAGGCAGCUUUACACGAAGACGACAAAACUGCUAUAAUUGCAUUUGCCCAAGAAGUAUACAGCUCGCACAGCAAGAGUGAUUUGCUCAAAUUAAUAGUCGAUUUGUUUUUACCGUUGGAAGGACGUUCCUUAAAAAAAAUUUAUUCCUAUUUAACAUUUAAGUUGUAUAAACAGUUAUUAGAAAGAACCAAUAUAAAUGUAUUUCCAACAAGUGUUGAUGACUGGUUUGUGCAAGACAUGAUCAAUAAAGAUUUUUUCAACCUACAUCCAAAAAAGUUAUUGAGCUAUGUUGUUCAUUUGCUUGAACACGUUGUAAUUGUUUUUGAUUUAUAUCAAAACGAGGAAAAGUUAAGUCUUAUGUAUGAUUUUCUAAGUGCUGCUGCAAGACCAUCAGGUUUAUCAGAAUCUCUGAAGAUUGUGAACAUAUUAGAUCAGUGGAGAUUAAGGUUAUUCCGCCUCUAUGUAAAUCGUAAAAAUAUUAUAUAAUUAUAUUACAGAUAUACCAAAGAUAAUUAUGUUACAGAUAUUUCUUUUAUAUUAUUUUAAAGGAUUUAUAUAUGUUUUUUGGAUGUGUUAAACAUUUUAUUUAAGCUUUAAAUUAUUAUUAGUUGAUAUUGAAGAGUCGAUUUAGUUUAUAAUAUUAUGUCCAAUAAACUAAGAGACAAGUGAUAUUGUUUAUAACCAAUUAAGUGUGGGAAACCUUAUACUUCUCUUAGAUUGUUUCCCAGCCUGACCAAGUGUUGAAUCACUGACAACAAGCGCAAACACACUGUUGCCUGCCCGCACUCGGCCACUAGUCCUUUCUUAACCAAAAAAGUACAACUAUAUAAUAAUAAUAGUAUUCUUUAUUUGCAAACAAUGUAUCAUACAAUACGUAAUAGUUAUUUUUAAAUGUUAUAUUAUAGUGUUGUUUCUUCAUUUAUUUUAUAAAGUAAUUAUAAUUUAUGUAUGAUGAAUAAAUCUGGUAUUAAAAUUAAA